AUGGUUGAACCAAAAGUAAGAUUUACGAUUUGAUAACUUUUCCGUUUGAACUGACUAAGUUGUCAACAUUAUAUAAUUUUGUAUUGUUUUAGUCAAAUAAAUUUGACCUCAGUCGCCACAUCCCCAAUGGUCAAUGGGAAAUAACUGGAACGACCUUCAAACAGCAUUUAGUAUUAUAUGAGAAUGAAAGCAACGGGUAUUAUGAUAUUACAUUUGAAAUCAUUUUACGGCGUCGUGUGCUGUACUAUGCGAUGUAUUUGAUUGUUCCUGGAACAUUAAUAGCUCUGUUGUCGGGAAUCAUAUUUCUCCUUCCUCAAGACUGCAGUGAACGGAUAACCGUGGGUAAGAAGCCUUCUUCCAGACCAGGCAAAUAUUGCAAUGUUGAAACAUUUUUACUAUAAUGUUUUGCUCGCUACUCUGGUUUAAAUCAAUGAUCACAAGACCCAAAGUUUCGACACUCCAGUCUAGUGUCUUCAUCAGGGGUGAUCUAAGGAUGCAAUGGUUUGUAAUCAUUUAUUUAAACCAGAGUAGCGAGCGAAACAUGAUUGAUAUACCUGGUUGCAGUGAACGAACAAACUUUAAAUUUUUACUAUAUUUAUAUGCAUUCAUAUAGGUAGGUUAAAACGCUUCCAAAUAUUGUGAAAUCAGUCUAUAAAAAUAUAUGAAAAAUGGCUAUAGGAAUUCAGUUUCCAAUGUUUUGUAAAGUUCUAUACAGGGUGUAUCAAAAAAAGCGCAAUCCUCGACUGAAAUGUAAAUUGCUAAACAAAUAAUAGACGAAAACAUUAAAGUUUACAUUCAUUUUAAAGCGUAGCCAUUCAGCUUUCUAACAGUGGGUUGUUUCUUAAAUUUGACUCAUUGGUUCGCGGGUAAUAAUACUUUACGUUAUUGCGAUUGGAGAUUAAAAAAAUUGAGAUGGAAUAACAAAUCGUUCUCAUGAAAAUAACUGAUUUUUUCAUUAAAACAAAAAAAUGUUGCAUUUUAUUAAAUGGAUUGUAACAAUAAGUAUAAUUACGGCUUUUCUUCCACUAUUUUUAACUCAGUUUGAAACUUCAAAUGCGAUAUAAUUUUGGCUUGGACCAUCUAAGCUUACUGACAUCAACUUGCUAUAAUUUCUGUUUUCAUUACAUCGCAAUUCGAUGACACUCUGGCUCAGAUACCAGAAUGUUUUGACGAUUUUUAGUAUUCGUUUAGGAUUUUCAAACAACCUGGUGUCUUUUAAAAUACUUUUAAUUUGUUCUUACGUGGUUUUCCAGAUGUAGUGACGACAACAUUAAAGUUUAAAGAAGAAAAUUCUAACAUUUAAACCGACUAAACAAUAAAUUAAUAAACUUGCAUAAUUAAACAGCAACUAAAAAUGAUAGGUUUUACUAAAUCUUUUCCUGUGCAAUUAUUACUAGCAUUGGAGACAAGGAUAAUAGUUUGUUUGAAAGAGAAAAGAACAGGCUUUGAAAUAAGCCUAAAAGAGUUUAACUAGAAAUAGUAUUUCGAAAGUUAUUAAGCACAAAAGAUGAAUUGCGUUUAUUUUGAUACACCCUGUAGAAGAAAAGUUUUCGGAGAAAGCUUCGAAACUGUUCCUAGUAAACCUAGAAAACCAAAGUAUAUAUGGAAAUGAGCGUCUCGAAUGCACUGAUUGGUAAAAUCUAUAUUUCUCUCCAUAUAUUACAACUUUCCUGUUUUAAAAAUGAAGAAAAAAUGUAAGUAAAAGGUCCCCAUCAUGCCUUGUUGUAUAUAUACACCUAUAGCAUAGCGAGAAUUAAAGUUUUCUUAAAUAGUUUUUUGCUAACGCCCCCCUCACCUCCACCUCCCGGCUCCCCCCACCGGGAAGCCUGGCUUUUCCCUCUCGAAAAGUCAGGCUGCAUGCAGGAUAUAUAGCCUGGUAAUUGAGCACUAGAUAAAACAUGAGCAGCCGAUCUUUAUCUGAUAUAUAAACUCGAGCCGAAGGCGAGAGUUUAUAUAUCAAAUAAAGAUCGGCUGCUCAUGUUUUACCUAGUACUUAAAAAACGACCCAUCUUAUGAGUACAUUGGCGAAAGUAAUUUUAAAAAUUAACAUUGUCUAACCCGAGAAAAUCAAAGCUGCAUGAAGUUUAUGUAAAUCAGGACAAAUCUUUACCCGAUUUACAAACAUUGAUUAAACAUUCAUUUCUUUUGUAUUUUCCUCGUGAAUUAUUAAUGAGUUUUUAAACUAAGAAUAUAAAUAGAACAAAGUCAAGCUAGAAAAAGCACUAAUUACCCAAAUAGGGUUAUUUUCAGAUUAGCACGUAAGUCAGUGACAAUAUCUGUAUUCAUGCAGUGCCAGUUACAAAUUUUUACAACGAUAUCAAUUUUUUAUAUACUCUAUAUAUGGAUUCUUCGGCUCAGUACCGUAAUUACUCGAAUAAACGCCUCCCUCGAAUAAACGCCGCCCUCAAAUAUACGCCGCACCUUAAGCGCCAAAAAAUUAAUAAACGCCGCGGCUAAGAAUUGAGGUCAAAACGUGUCCUCUAAAUUUAUUUUAAAAAUACAUAGAAAGUGUAGAGAGAUAUUUUAAAUAUUUUCUCUUCUUUAGGAAUGGCAAUUUUGGUCGCUUUGUCCUUCUUCUUUCUGCUUGUAUCAGAGACAAUGCCAGCGUCAUCAGAAAAUUCAAUAAUUGGUGAAUUUUAUGCCGUAACAAUGGUUGAAAUGACUAUAAUGUUUUUUCUUAAUGUUCUUGUGCUGCGAUUUCACCAUAUGACGGAGGCGAAAGUACCCCAUUGGGUGAAG